GACGCUGUAGGGUGCAGUCCUCUAACCUGCACGUCGCUGCAUCCACCCAGGCUGUCCCCCAGGCUGUCCCUCUGCACCGGGCUGAACAUAUCGCUGCUGCACUAAAGUCACUCCAUCUGCACAGGAGGACGGGGAGCGCUGCUGGAAUUUAAUAUAUCCUCCUUUUUUUGUUUUGUGGUCCGUAUCGACUCCCCUCCAAGAUGCCCAACUUCUCAGGAAACUGGAAAAUGAAACAUUCCGAGAAUUUCGAGGAGAUGCUGAAAGCUUUGGGCGUCAAUGUUAUGUUAAGGAAAAUUGCGGUGGCUGCGGCCUCGAAACCGGCUGUGGAGAUCAAGCAGGAAGAUGAGUCCUUCUACAUCAAAACUUCCACCACCGUUCGCACCACCGAGAUCCACUUCAAAAUCGGAGAGGAGUUCGAGGAGCAGACAGUAGAUGGUCGUCCAUGUAAGGUAAAUAUCUACUCUUCUUCUGAAAAAAUAUGCAUAGGGCCAUAG